GCACACAUGCAUGCACAUAUGCACUCUCACUCACUUCCUGCACACACGCAUCAGCAAUCAGCAGGCACAGCGGCAUCACUCGGCUCUCCUCUCUUCCAUCCAUCUCCCUCUGUUUUUCCUACCGCAAGAAUAAACAACACACGACAUCGACAAGCUGCAGACUACGUGAACAACACUGACCCGGAGCUGCUACCUUGGAAGCCUACGACCUGCCCGACGAGACACUGCAGCCAUGUCGACGCCGCAGCAGCUGAGCUUCGUCGUACCGCAAGCCUCCGUCGCGCCGGCCUUGCUCACUACCGACGACGCCGAGCUGAAGCCGCUGCCGGGAGCAACGACGACGUCGACGACCAAGAGAGCCGAGCCGGAGAUCGACGCCGACGCCAACGCCGCGAGCUGGGGAAACAACGCCGAAGCCGAACAGCAAGCACAUCGUGGCCGCUGCACCGCAAGCCUGCGUCACCUCACCACGCCCCGCUUUGUUCCUUGCCUCGCCUGGACCUUCGACGAGCCUUUUGAUGAGGAGACGUUCGUGACUGCGCCAGACGCCGAGCGAGACGCUGAACUAAUACUCGAAAAUAUGAACGAUCAGCAAGAGUUCGAAGAAGAGCCGUCUCAGUUCAGUUCCUUGCCGAAGGAUGCGGGUUUUCGACGUUGGUUCUUUCUAGGACUAACUCCUAGUCAGUUGCCUGUGGAAAUGUUGUGAUACCGGUGCUGUUGUGCGUACUUGCGAACUGAUUAUGUGACAAGUAUAGUAAUGCACAACGAGAACCCGGGUAUUUGUAUGCCUGGGGGCCCACACAAACAGGGCCAAAGCUCAUGUCGUAUCAUAGAAUCACAGCAGACAGCAGCGAGUCAGUGACAAUACCCCCCAGAAUUGGCAUAAUUCUGCUUGGAGUGGGAGCUAUUCCUCGAACUGCUUCAUAGCAUUGUUCACGGAUGUGAAGCCACCAUCCACCAAGAGGUUGAGCGCGCUGGCGUCGCUGGCCGCUGGCCAGGUAGAGCACCGCCUCGGCGACAUCCUGGGCAUCAGGUCGACACCCUUGAGGUUGGCCUCGCCGCCGACGAAGGCCAGGAAAUCCUUGAGCGCGUCGUCAGCGCGCGCGCCCUUUGGCAGGUGCGGCAUGG